GUUGUGCACUUUCAGGUGGGUUUUUCAUCGGGUUCUAUAGCAGUGUAUCGUUUUGGUCAAAUCCAUCCCAUAGUCGUUCUCACGCCUCCGUCGAGCUCAAGAAAGCCUGUCACCUCUAUUGAAUGGUCACCAAUCUAUUCAAGUGUAUUCUACUCCAUCCACGGAAAUCGUCGAUUACUUGUGUGGGAUCUUUCCAUGGGACCAUCUCCACAGGCCGUCAACGAUCUCUCACAGCAGAUUCCCGCAAAGGUAACAAAUACAACAAUAUGGCUUGAGAAAAAUGAGAACAAAUCUUCAAAAGGAAUCGCCUACAUGGGGUUAGGAUUAAGCACAGGAGAAGUUCAAGUUCAUGCCCUCGAGACGGUUAGAGUCAAAAAAGAAGGAAAUCUGCUGGCAACACUUAAAAUGUUAGAUGAUUAA